GAGCGAACAACAUUCCUGCCAUGCUCAAUACGUCCUGAGUAUGACGAGAUUCUCAAUCGCUCGAAACAAUUCUUUAGUCUGUGUCGAGAGGAGCAUUGGGUAUAAAUGGUGACAGCUUCGCUACUUGGGUUCCUGUUCUAUUGAAGCUUCCGGGCCCAUCUCUACACGUCACACAUUCAAGACGCAGUGUAUCAUUUCGGUUCUGGCCACAAAAUGUUGUUCGCCGGAGUGCUUCUUCUGCUCGGCGCGACUUCAGUACUGAGUCAGACCAACUAUGCGCCCUUCCAGAUCCACUGGCUUACCACCCAUCAGCCCAAUGGCAACCCUGCUGGUCAGGUCAAUCACUACCAGAUCGCAUUCAACAUCACCAGCGCGAAUGGCAACCCAGCCGAAGAGGCGUAUUGUUGGCAAUCUUGGGGCGACAACAACAACAAUUGCGGCAACAGCUGCGUGGCCUACUCGACUGCGGUGCCCGCAGGAGAAUGGAUCAUCUGCGCACGAGACGCGAGCGACCUUGGUGAUCGAAGCAGCGGGUUCGCAUUCAAACUCUUCCCGUAUUUCAGCAUUGGCAACUUCUCGCUCGCGGUCCGCCAAAACUUCACUCAGGAGUCAGGACCCAAUAUCAUCUCCCAAGCCAGCUUUAUCGUCACCAAUUCGUCUACGUCGGACUUCGUCUGCGACAUCAAUCCGCAAGAGGUCUUCUUACAGCAGCACGCGCAAGGCGACUGCUGGACCCCUGACUCAUCUUCGGGCUUCACAGUCCCCGUCGCCGAGGCCACACCCGCCUGCUCCCACGCAUCAACCGUCAGCCUAUCGUUCCCCGUGACAGAGCGCACGGGUCCCGGCGACAAGGUCUACGUAGUCGGCAGCAUUCCGGAGUUGGGAAAUUGGGACCCAUCCCGCGCUGUGGAGUUGAACACGGGCUCGUACAACGACAUGAACACGCUUUGGACCGGCGGAAGGGUCAGCGUUCUGGCGGGCACGACUUUCGAAUACAAGUACGUCCAGAAGAACGCCGACGGGAGCCUCCUUUGGGAGUGCGGCGAGAAUCGUGUCGCGACGGUUUCGUCGUCCACUUGUGGCGAGCAGACGAUUGGAAAUGAUCCGGAUUAUUUCCGCUGUGGGACUCACUGAGCGCUCGCAAAUUGGCGAGAGCGGCCGAUCGAUUAUCCUUAAGGAAAAGAAUUUCUGGUGGAAGACACGAUGCUGCCCUUGGGGCAUACCUUUACGUGUACUGUUGUUGAUUGCAAGGUCCGGUCGAU